AUGGCUCCCACUUCAACUACCACCCCAACUGCCAUCGACAGCAUCACCCAAUUCAACCAUGCCCGCCAUGUAAAGUACUGGCGUCGCAACCUGAAGACGUUGCUGCCACACUUCUACACCAGCAAUGACUCUAAUCGCAUGCUGCUGGCCCUCUUCACUGUCUCGGCUCUCGACAUCUUGGGCGACCUUGAUGCUGCCUUGUCAGCUGAAGAGCGUCAAGGGCACAUCGACUGGGUCUACAGCUGCCAACUGCCCGAGGGAGGGUUUCGGCCAUGGCCAGGGUCCAACUUUGGGGAGUUGAGGAAUGAGGAGAACAAGUCUUGGGACCCUGCCCAUGUUCCGGGUACUUUUUUUGCCCUCCUGACCCUUGUUGUCCUGGGCGAUGAUCUGGAGAAGGUCAAAAGAACGGAAAUCUUGGCAUGGUUGGUCAAGAUGCAGCGAUCAGAGGGCAGCUUUGGAGAAACGCUAGGCGAGGAUGACAGCGUACAUGGCGGUAACGAUUCGAGGUUUGGGUACAUGGCUACGGCGAUUAGAUGGAUCCUACGGGGUGACCUCGAGGGCCCCUGUGAAGGUAUACCGGACAUUGAUGUUGACAAGUUCGUCACGUGUGUUCGCUCGUCAGAAUGCUACGAUGGAGGUAUUUCUGAAGCCCCGUACCACGAAGCCCAUGCCGGCUUCACCUGCUGUGCCAUUGCUGCUCUGGCGUUCCUGGGCCGCUUGCCGUUACCACCAUCGCAAAAGCCCGAUGGUGUAAUCCGCGGAGUCAGCGAUGUCCCAAAGACACUACACUGGCUCGUCUCGCGCCAAACUCUUACAUUAGAUGAGGAUGAUGGUUUGGACACUAUGAACGACGAGACAGAUUCAUCGGAAACUUGUCACGAUGCCCACAGCUUUGUAAAGCUUGGAGCUUACCCUUCGGCGCAAGCAAAAGAGAACACCAAAGGACGGCCUCGUGUUCAUUAUGAGCUGGAUUGGGUUGGCGUCAACGGUAGAUGCAACAAGGUGGCAGACACAUGCUAUGCCUACUGGACGUGUGCCCCCUUACAAAUCCUUGGCUAUCUCAACAUUGUCGAUCAAGUACCCAUCCGGAAGUGGCUGUUAGACAAGACACAGCAUCUUGUAGGAGGAUUUGGCAAGGUUACAGGAGACCCACCAGAUAUGUACCAUUCGUUCCUGGGCCUCAUGGUGAUUGCCAUGUUUGGAGAAAGCGGUCUCCGCUCCGUGGACCCAGCACUAUGUAUUACCCAGAAAGCGAAGAGUCAUCUAGAAUCGCUACCGUGGAGGAGGAGGAUACUGGGCCUGGAUGGCGGUGCAUCGAAUGGAAAAGACGAGACACAAAACGAGGCAUUGUAA